AUGGACCCCGACGCUAGCAUUCCACCCGAGCCCGCCCCCUCAGUCUUCAACUAUGUCCUCUCCUUCCUCCUCGUCGGCGUAGCAUGGGGCUUCACAACCCCCUUCAUCAGACGCGCAGCAGCAGAUUUCAACGCCAGACAAGAAAAACAAGCAACCGGCACACCCACACCACGUGGCCGAUCCUUAUCAACAGUAGACGAAGAAGAGGAAUCACAGCUCCUCGUGCCAAUUGAUGCCGACGGGGAGGAAGGAGAAGGUGACGGAGAAGGAGAAAUCCGAAGACGAAGCUCGAGUCGGCAGCGGGAAUCCGAGGAUGGAAGAGUCGAUGAGGCGCCGUUACCUGCUUGGAGAACUCAACAAUCACAGUCUUGGUUGAAGACGAAAUUCAUUUCUGUUUUCUGGACUGUUGUUAAUCUUCUUCGGACGCCGGCGUAUUCUGUGCCGUUGGUUAUUAAUUUGACGGGGAGUAUUUGGUUUUUUCUUUUGGUUGGACAGCAUGAACUUUCGUUGACUGUUCCGCUUGCGAAUUCGAGUGCGUUUUUAUUUACGGUUCUUGGGGAGUGGUAUGUUGAUCGGAAGGUUAUUGCUAAGGAGACGUGGUUGGGACUUAUUUUGGUUUUGGGUGGGAUUGGAUUAUGUGUUCAUUCGAAGAAUCAGGCUAGUUAG